AUGAAUAUGAAAAAAGAUAAUAAAGAGAAAAUGAAGUUAAAGAAUAAAGUGAUAGAUAAAAGCGAAAUGAAAGUGAAAGAGGAAAAAAAAAAAAAAGGAAUAAGGAAAAGCCUGAUGAAAGAUGAAAAUUACGAUGAAUUAUUUGAUAAAAGUAACAACUUUUUAAAUUUUGAUAAUGUAUUAUUAGAUGUAAGAUUGAGAAAAUCCUUAUUAUAUUUAUUUAAAUUCAAGCAUCCAACAAAAAUUCAGAAAUUAUCAAUUCCACCUAUAUUAAAAGGAAAUGAUGUUAUUUUAAAUUCAAAAACAGGAUCAGGUAAAACAAUGGCUUAUUUAAUUCCAUCACUUCAAAAUUUAAUUAAAUUAAAUCUAAAUGAAAAAGAGCAUUUAAAAUUUUUUUAUAAAUGUAUUAUUAUAUCUCCAACAGAAGAAUUAUGUUUACAAAUCUAUGAAGUAGCACAAAAAUUAUGUAUUUAUCUUAAAGAUAUAAUAUCAAUUAAUCAUAAUAUAAAUAAAAAGUUUUAUGAACAUCCUACUAUAUUGGUAAGUACACCAAAAAAUUUAUGCGAUUAUAUUUUAGAAAAAAAAAAAAAAAACUUAGAUGUAUUAAUGAAUUUAAAAAUACUAAUUAUUGAUGAAGCUGAUGUUUUGCACACUGAAGAAUUCAAAAAAAUUAUGAAUAAAUUAAUAACUUAUUUACCAAAAAAUUUCUCAAAAAAAUAUCAAAUCAUCAUGGCAUCAGCUACAUUAAAAAAAAGUAUUAUAAAAGAAACAAAACUUUUUUUACAUAAACCAAUAUAUUUGAGUAUAGAAAAUCAAAUUGAAAACGUGAUUGAAAAUAAAGAAAAAAAACAGAAAUUUAAUGGGAAAUCCUUUUAUUAUAUAUAUGAAGAUAAUUUAACAAAAUACAUAUAUCUAUAUAACUUAAUAAAAGAUAAAAAGAUUCAAUAUAAAUCUAUUAUAUUUACUAAUACUGUGCAUGAUGCUUAUAAAAUAAAAAUAUUUUUAACUUACUUCAAUAUUUCUUCUUCAAUACUUAAUCCAAAUCAUCCUAUUUUAAUAAGGCAAAACAUUAUUGUAGCAUUUAAUAACUCGAAAUUUUACUUUUUAAUAUGUCCUCAAUAUGAAAAAAAUACAUUUGAAAACAAAAAAAAUAAGAAUAAUUUAAACGAACAAAUUAAAUUAAGUGAAGGAAAUUAUUUAGAAGAUAAUGAUGAUACAAAUGAGAUUGCUUCAAAUGAUGAAACUAAUUCUAAUGAUAAGAUUAAUUCAGACGACGAAAUUAAUUCAGACGAUGAAAUUAAUUCAAAUGAUGAAAUUAAUUCAAAUGAUGAAAUUAAUUCAAAUGAUGAAGGUGAAUAUAAUGAUGAAAAUGAAAUUAAUAAUAAAAAUAGUUCACGUAAUGAAGAAAAAGAUUUUUUAUAUAGCAGAGGAUUAGAUUUUUAUGGUAUAAAAUGUGUUGUCAAUUUUGAUAUGCCUUUAGAUGAAGAAACAUUUUUACAUAGAAUAGGAAGAACAUGCAGAUUAAAUAAUAAAGGAAUAAUUAUUUCUUUUAUAAAUGAAAACAGUACUUCAGAAAAAGACAUUUUACGGAAAAUAGUUGAUAAAAACAUUUGUCUUAUGAUUAAAAAAGAUAUGAAAUUCAUUAAUGUAGAAAAAUAUAGAUAUAGAGUGGAAUCUACUUUAAAUAAGUGCACAAAUAAAAAAAUAAAACUAUAUGUACAAAAAGAAAUAUUAUAUCAAUCAUUAAAAUCGAAACAACUAAAAGAGUUUUUUAAUUCACAUGCAAAUGAAAAAAAAAAAAUUAGUAAAAUUGUAAGGCAAUUUAACAAAACAAUUGUACCACAAAAAUUAAUCAAAGAUAGAAAUGAAAGUUUAUUUUUAAAUAAAAAUAAAACAAACAGUAAAUUAAUAAAAAAAAAUAAUAAAGAACAAAUUAAAUCGUACGUUUUAAAAAAAAAUAGUGGAUUUAUAAUUACUGAGAAAGGGUAUGAAGAACAAUUAAGUAAAGAACCUGAAACGGAAGUAGCCGAUCCAUCCAAAUUACCACCAUUAUGCGGAAGAAAAUUAAAAAAAUAUAUAUAUGUAAAAUACAUUAAAAAAAAUAAAAACAAAAAUGAUAAUACCUCUAAAAAUAAAAAGCGUAAAAAAAUGAACAAAAAAUUUCAUAAAAAAUAA